GAUAGUCGCAAUCCAUCGUCUAGAUGGCAGCACAACACAAUGUUGUAAACAAAUUUUAAAGUGCAAGCACAAGAGACGGAAUUUCGAAAGAUCAAUAAAUAAUAGCACAAAUCAUUGCAUGGAGCAAAAUGUAUAUGGCGACUGCUGGCAACUGCUGCAACACUUUGGACGAGCCGCUGACGCUUUAAAUGAGGCAAAGUUCGAACUGUUCUGCCAAACAUGGCACGAGUUGCAAAUGCAGCAUAUUUACUCAGCGCAAACCAAUCACAUUGAAGUGAUUGAGACCACAAUGGCCGCCUUGCACGUUGGCAAACGGGUGGCAUGUGGUCGUCGCACUAGCGGUGAGCCAUUCCUGGCGACGCGCGCUCAGCGUAUUGGCGCCAUAUAUUUGCUAUAUGCCAUCUACAACAAGCAGCCAACGAAAUUAUUUGUCAAGAUUGAGGUGUCGCCUCGCACUUGGGAGUCCCUCACCGGCUAUCUGGAACACCUGCGGAGUGAAUGCACGGAUCGAAGCGAUACGCAGCAAGUCAGUUACAUAUUCUGGCAGCUGGUUAAACAGCAAGCUUUCCGCUACACAGCUUUGGAUUACUGCCAGGCGCUAGAUUCUCUGGCAGCCUACGACAGCUUGGAGAGCUUCGCGGAAGCCAAACAGAAAACAAAUAAUAGAGCGGCGCUGUUAAAGCAACAGCUGAAUUCGAGCGUUAGCACGCUUUCCGACGAGCUACACGAGCUGGCGGAAAUGUCAGCCAACUGUCAGACUUUGUGCGAGCUGGAGACGGCAUACAACAAACAGAUGGAGCCACAUCGUCAUUCGUUUCCCGCUACUAACAUAUUCAGCCAUUUGCGGGAUGUUUUCUGUCAGAUUAACGAUCUGCUAACGGACGAGCAGCGCCCCACAACAUCUCGCUCCCCAAAUGAGCAACUGGAUCUGCGAAAGCGAGCCCGUCUCAAAGCGAUGUAUGGCGAAACCAAAGAACAGGCGCCAACUGAAGAGAUAGAUGAAAAGGCAUUGCCCGAACCACACGAUCAUCACGAGCGACGUAUGUCAUCGGCGACGGUGUUUUCGCGCAGAUUACCGGAUGAUGUGAUUCGCGACUUGGAAUGCGAAAAGCAUUAGUUAUAAUAUAUCAAUUAAGAGCUUUGACUGUGAGAUAUUCAACGAACAUUAUAUUUAAGAUAAAUGUAAAAUAUUAAA